AUGGUGGGAACAGCCUUAGCAGUGCUGCACGGAGCCAUCCCCCCCUCUCUGCUGCUGCCCUCCCUCGCCCGCCACUCCCGCAUCGUUCUUCCCCUCGCCUUCCCCCUCCCCCAUUCCUCUGGCACUAUUGGGCACGUUUCGAGUCGUUUUGAGGCGAUCCGCAAGAUGGUGGGGACAGCUCUGGCUGUUCUCCAUGGUGCCAUCCCCUCUUCCAUGCUGCUGCCCUCCCUCGCCCGCCACUCCCGCAUCGUGCUGCCCCUCGCUCCGCCCCAAGGCCUCCUAUUGGCCGACUGCUCCUUCAUGCCCUUCCGGGCGCCAAAGCUGCCCGGAAACAAAUCCUCCUCUUCUGCUGCCGAACUUGAGGUUCCUCACUCCAGCACGCCUCUAGAAGCUGAAUCAACAGACCGUUUCAAGCAGCAGCAGCAGCAGCAGCAGCAGCAGCAGCAGCAGCAGCAGCAGCAGCAGCAGCAGCAGCAGCAGGCAGAGGCGCUAUACACUCAGUGGCACUGUGCCGAAUCCCCUCGUGAAAUCGCCAGCACCCACACUCGAAACACUCUCCGCAUGUCCCCUGCCGUGUGCGAGGGAGUAGAGGCGUUCUCUCAGCACCACGUGCUGCCAGCCAUGCUGCAGUGGUUGGAGGCGGGAGGAGAGCCGUGGAGUGGGUGGGAGGAGAAUCUGCUUGCUUACCAGUGGGUAUCGGAGGAGGAGGAGCGGGAAGUGGUAGAGGGGUAUUCCCGGUGGAUGCAGGGGAGAGCAGACAGAGGAGGCAUUCACCGAAGGCCACGUGCUGCCAGCCAUGCUGCAGUGGGUGGAGGCGGGAGGAGCGCCGUGGAGUGGGUGGGAGGAGAAUCUGCUUGCCUACGAGUGGGUAUCGGAGGAGGAGGAAAGGGAAGUGGUAGAGGGGUAUACCAAGUGGAUGCAGGGCAGAGCAGAGAGAGGGUACUGAGCCCUUUCUCCCAGCAGCACGUGCCAAAGAGUAGAGGCAUUCUCUCAACACCACGUGCUGCCAGCCAUGCUGCAGUGGUUGGAUGUGGGAGGGGAACCGUGGAGUGGGUGGGAGGAGAACCUGCUGGGCUACGAGUGGGUGUCGGAGGAGGAGGAGAGGGAGGUAGUAGAGGGGUAUGCAAAGUGGAUGCAGGGCAGAGCAGAGAGAGGGUACUGAGCCCCGUCUGCUGGGCUACGAGUGGGUGGGAGGAGAAUCUGCUUGCCUACGAGUGGGUAUCGGAGGAGGAGAAGAGCGAAGUGGUAGAGGGCUGGGAGAAUCUGCUGGGUUACCAAGGGUGUGUGAGGAGGAGGAGAGGGAGGGCAGUGGUGGAGGGGUUUACCAAGUGGAACGAGGGCAGAGAGGGGGUAUUGACUCUAUUGAAGGGUGGAGGGGGGAUCUGUGUGGAGCAGUGGGGAGGAGAACUUAAUGUGGAAGGGAGGGCAGUGGUGGUGGAUGGGUUUACCGGGUAG